AUGGAAUUAAUAACUCGCCCCGAUCAGCAUUUCACUAUCAUGUCUUAUAAUGUUCAAAUGAUACCUGUCCCUAUAAGUACAAAAAUAAAUAUAGGAUAUAGACAAAAGACGCUAGAAAAAUAUAUUUGUGAACUUGAUGAUAUUUAUAAUGCUGAUAUUCUUGUACUGAAUGAGGUUUUUACCAAGCAGGCUUAUAAUAUGUUCACAACUGGUGAAAUCAAAAAACGAUUUCCAUAUCAUACUAGUAUUUUAGGAGGAAAAAUAAAAAAUAAAAUUAAUUAUGAAGAUGAUAAUGAUGAUGACGAAUAUUAUAACACUGAUUUGUUUAGUAAAAAUAUCGAACGUGAUAUAAAAGAAUUUAUUUCGAAUGAUUAUUGUAAUAAUGAUAUAUAUGAUAAAAUUGGGGAAGAAAAUCAAGAAUGUGGUUGUAGUAAUACUGGUUCUCAGAUUUAUAAAAAUGAAAUAAAAAAUCGUAAAAAACAAAAAUCUAUAAAUUCAAAUGGUCUAUUUUGUAAUGGUAGUGAAAAAAAUGCGAAUGUCUCUAUACGUGAAGAAGGCAAAAAUAAUAACACAUGUUCAGAUAAAUCAAUUAAAAAUAAUAUUAAUAAUACAAAUAAGUUUAAUAAUCAAAAUUGUGAAACAUGUAAAGAUGAGAAUAAUAAAAUAAAUGGCAAUAAUAUGAUAUCAUCUACUUGCUACACAAUUAAUGAUAGCAAAGAUAUCAUGAAAAAAAAAAAAAAAAAAAAAAAACAAAGAAAAAAAGAAAAACGAAAAGAAGAUCCACCACCAUUCGAUUCUAUUUCAGGAGAACCAAAGUUUCGUCAUUUUUUAAACGGAGGUAUAAUAGUUUUAUCAAAACAUAAAAUAUUACAAAAACAUGCAUUAAUAUUUGAAAAUUCUAAAUUCCCUGAAAUGUUUAGUGCAAAAGGAGCUAUAUAUUUAAAAUUUAAUAUAAAAAAUAAUGUUAUACAUGUGGUAGCAACACAUUUACAUGCUGGAAAUAAUAAGAGUGACGAAAAAUGUCGACUUAAACAAAUAGAAGAAUUAACUAAAUGGGUAUAUCAUGGCAUUCCAAGUACAUUUAUAAAUAAAUAUGAACCCCUAUUUUUUGUUGGUGAUUUUAAUAUAAGAUAUAUAAAAGAUGAAAAAUUUUUUAAAGAAAUAACAUCAAAUAAAUAUUUAAACUGUGUAGUAACAAAUAACACACUAGAAACAACUUAUGAUUCAUCUAUUAAUGAUUAUUGUAGAUAUGUUGAAGACGAUUUCGAACAUAAAUAUGUUGAUACUUUAGACUAUAUUUUAGUUUCUAAAGAUUCAAAUGUUAAAACAAUAGUGCCACAAACAGCUGUACAGCGUGAUUAUAAACCGAUUUCUAUAUUUAAAACAAUGCUAUGUUGCAUCCCUUAUCAGAGUAUAAAUAUACAUCAUGCAAGUGAUCAUUUUCCUAUAUAUGCUACUUUUAAAUUGCCCAAUGAUAAUUAUAAUUUAUCUGAGCAUGAUUGCAAAAAUAAAAAUAUAUAA